AUGAUCCUGAUUCUAGUCGUUUUCGGACUUUCCUCCCUGACUACAGUAACCCUCCAAUGUGCCCCUCACUCUCCUUCCAGGCCAUGGACGAACACGACUCACGUCUGCAGCCAUCAUCACCAGACGGUCGAAAACUAUUACUUUGGUCAGUUUUCAGUUUUUAACUUGAGAAAACACGACUUUUCAGACAAUCGUACCAUCUACAACAAACUUGUCGAAAUUGAGAAACGAGUUGAGAACAUUGAGAAAAAGGAAAACAUGAUUCCUGUGCAGCCGCCGACCAAAGAGGAUCCCGACAAGAAACCGGAAGGACCGGCACUCCCGGAACUGGAAGAAAGUGAGCAAAUCGAGCAUCCCAUCCCACCCAAUUCUCUUUGCUUUUCUCUUUCAGGUUGCCUCUCAUGUUCCUCGGAUCCACUGGUAAGUGAGGAUUGUGAUAACUGCCUGAAAGUGUCCGUUUCUCCGCCGUUCGACUAUUAUUCGUGUAUGGCAAUCAACGUGAAAUGCGGGGAUGGAGCUAAAAAGUUGAAGAUAUCCGAGAGUUACCAGCUGAAUAUUGUAGAAAAGGAAUAUGUGAUCAACUGCCAGAAAGGUACAGAAACACGCCUUCAGACAAUCGGACUGGUUUUCAGGAGGUUGGGUGAUGAGAAUCGGGAGUGUAGAACAGAAAGUGGAGGCGAUCAGCUGCUUAUCAAGUUGA